UGACUAGUUUACUUUCUCCGCUCAGAGCGCUCAAGAGACAGUAGUAAGCCGUCACUAAGAGGUUUACCUGCCCUGCACCUCAGCCCUGUGUCGGUGGAUUUUACGACCAAACUAGAAGAGUGGGUUUAUUUCCCGGAGAAUGACGGAGCUGUAGAUCUCCAGUGUUUUGAUGUCACAUUCCUGAAGUUUCUGAGGAACUUGGAGAACCGACCGGGCAGCAGACGGCAAGGCAGCCAGAGAUCCCAGUCUUGAUCCCCUGCGUGCUCUUUGCCUGAGCCGGGAUAAAGACGAGAGUUUGAGGAGACGAGGGCUCGGCGUUCGCUUUGAUAUGGAUUUUCUGCGUAGGAGGGGAAGACAGAGGGAACUGAUCUGAGGUCAAGGCCUUUCUCCUCUCCCUUCCUGAGUCACAUGUCAGUGUGAGGCUCAACCGCCGGGUUGCUAUCGCUACUCUGACCGACCUAAAUACUUGUUUACUCGCUUGGAGAAGCAGCACAGACUGGAUAUCUGAGCUGAGAGUGGGGAAAAACAGCCAAGAGAGCUUCUUAUCAACUCAGCACUGUUUGCUUCCCGCUGAAAUUCUCCAGCUGGAGCUCAAACGGCCCGAGGAACCCAACAUCCACAUCAAGAUGCCUGCAAAGACGCCCAUGUACCUAAAAACAACGACUCCCAAGAAGGGAAAGAAGCUGAAGCUCCGGGACGUCCUCUCAGGUGACAUGAUCAGCCCCCCGCUGGGCGACGUGCGUCACAGCGCACACGUAGGGCCUGAAGGCGAGGGCGACAUGUUUGGAGACGUGGGCUUCCUCCAGGGUAAGAUGGACAUGCUGCCACCCACGAGCCGGACGCAGAACGGCCACGCCCGCUCGCACAGUGUGGAGAGAGACUUGGGAGACGGCCUCACCGCAAAAGAGGACGUGCACAGCUACGCCUUUAACGGCUUCCAUUACCAGCACUCGUCCAGCGGCCUGCUGAAGAACACCAUCUCCAUGCCUGUGUUCAUCGCUCACGAACAGGCUCCACCCAAACCGCCGCGCCUCCAUCUGGAUGGUCCCUCCCACCACCAUCAGCAGCCUCCUGCGGCUAGUCCCAAACAGAACAAUGGCUGCAGCCAGGCAGACGGUCAGCGCCAGCAGCACCCGACUGUGUCGCUCAGUGAGAACGGCGUGGUGGGUCGCUUGGCGUCCGAGCCCUGCCGUGACAUCUCCCUCUCCCCAGCCAUCCGCAGACUCGUCCCCUCCUCCGGCUCCCUCUCUGAGGGCUCCUCUGAGGACUCCAUGUCAGAGAUCUGCGGGCCACAGGACGUUCGCCGGGGCCUCAGCCUGGACUCCGACACCUACCUGAGCAACGAGGAUCUUCGGAGCGAACGCAGCGAGUCGCCCUGCACCGUCUUCCACCACGCCGGCCUCACAAAGCCCUCUGAUGUGUCGCGCUCUGACUCCAUUGCGGGGUUGAACCUGGAUCUGGGCCCAUCCAUCCUGGAGGAUGUGUUGAGCAUCAUGGACCGCUACAAAGCUGAGGACAACCACUGCGAGCUGUGAUUGAGAUUAAUGAGACAAAAAGAUAUAUUUAUACAUGGUUUAAUGUAUCCUUUAAAACUCUGAACAGACUGAUGGAGACAAAAGAUGGAGGGACUGACGGAGGAGGGAGGAGAACUUUUUUUUUUUUUCUUCAUCAACUCCUGAGAGCCGAGUCUGAAGGCGAUAAAAGACUUCAAGAAGCUUGAAGUGCAGGAAGUUGCUGCUCGAGCCUUCAAAGCUGAACCUCAUGCACAUAGACAUUUAAACUAUAACACGGGGUUGCCAACGGUUACAUGCACACCAUCAUUCUCACGGUGUCCAAACAAAUCUGCAGACCCUCCUUUAUUUAAAACAAAUACACCCAUUUGCAUCUAUUUUUUUGGGAAGGUGUUUUCUGCCCAUUUUAGAACCAAAACAGGUCAAUAAACAUCCUGUUGCUUUCAGCUGAUGGGGGAAGUCUUUCCUGUGAGUGUAUUAAAUACCUGCAGCUUCACAAGGAUACAUGUGAGAGUCCCCACAGUGAAACAGCUGCAAAUAUUUAACCAAACAGUCUAACAGAGCUAACUUUAUUAGUUAUUUAGAACUAUUAAUUAACCCUGCAACAAAGCUUUUCAAAAAAACUUUUCAACUUACAGUGUUUAUGGAUGUUUACCAUAAUAGCAGGCUAUAUAGGAGGAUGACACCUUUAAUCAUUAAUUUAACCAAUAAAAUAAGCCAAGAGUUGUUUAGAAUUUUACCAGCAAAACAAAUUUGGCAGAUUUAUCCUGAAAAUUACCUAAAAUACGUCGCGGCACCUCUCUCUGGGUUAUUUAAAGCGAGGAGGCAUCCAAAAAUGACACACAAAAAAAGAUUAUCGUCUUUUAAAACUGUCCCACAUUCUGAGACAGCUUCCCACAUUUUUAAUGGACCUAGUAUAGAGAAGUAAAACAGCUGUGCUUAUCCACAAGUACAUCCCAGCUGAAAGCGUGGGAUAGAGAAGUGUGCAAAAACUACCCAAUCACUUGCACAAACAAGUUAUCAGAGGAAAUACAGGCUGUCCUUCACCUGUGACCUGCAUCAUUUUUGUGUGUUUAAUUGUCCCACAUAAACAUCGCCACCCUCAUCUCACCCCAACUGACAGCUGAAAGUUGGCAACCCUGCUCCAAGUUAACCAGCACAGUUGCAGUAACAUCACCACUGCUCCCUUUAAUCUGUAUCGCCUGCUAAUCUGACUCUCACUGAGGAUUUCCUGAUCACUUCUCUGCAGAGUUAAAUAUACUUGUCUCCAGACCAGCCUGGGAAAACAGGAGGAAUCUCCAGCUGCACAGCUAUUUAACUCUUUCAGGAUAAAUGUGUAUUUAUGCAGAAGAGUUAACGUUACGUACAUAGACUAAGCUACAAACUGCUAAUACUACUAGUUUAAUGCUGCAGGUUAAAUUCUUCAUCUUUGCUUUCUAAGGUGUGAUUUGGGGCUGAAAUGUUGACAUCUUCACUCUUUUACUUAAACUCCACUGCUGCUGACUUUACUGUCAUCCUCUAAUAUGAUUGUAUCCCAUUUAAUCAACAUUUCACUGGCAGGUUUAACCUUGUUUUUUAUCAUCAGAGAGAAGCUGGGUAUGCUCAAUGUUGGUGUUGUUUAAAAGCUUUAAGGGUAAGAAUAAGAAAAGGUGCUGCUUUGAGUUUUGAGAUAUCUGUCUUUAUACAUGCUGUGGCUCACUCUCUGCCUCCCUGACGUUCACUGUCUGCAUGAUCACAGUAGCCUAUUAUUCAAAUGUCAUCUAUGGUGUAUGAUUAAUCUGUAAAUGUACAAAUAAAAUGUUUCCUACUA